GUACUGAUUGACUUCGUCAGCGACCAUAGACGUGUCUCCCCGCCGGUAUAUACGUACCAGAUGUUUCGCAAUCAAUGGUAUAGCCUCGGGGCAAAUCAUCGUCCCACCACCCCGUGGCUUGAUGUCCGAAAACAGCGGAAUAACCAGCAGCGCCUGCUCCGGGGAAUCCAGAAAAUGGACGAAAAAGUCCCCGUCAGCGUGCCAAUUGUCCAGUUCCCUCGGAUCCGGCCAUUGAUUCUCCCACUCGGAUGAACCCAGAUUCACAAUCAACCCGUCGCCCCAGGUAGACGACUGCUCAGAGACACGGUCCUCGCCGCCACACAACUCACAGAUGGCCGCCCAUGCUUUCGGAGCGAAAGUGCGGACUGAUUCUUCGCGGUGGCGGGGCAUAUUAAUACGUUCUUUCGUCCAGGUUGACUUGUCGGUGGGCGAGUAGCCAAGGCGAACCCAGACAUCGCGCGUCCAUUCUGCGGCCUUUUCGCGCGUGAAGCAGCCGGGAAUACGAACGUAGCCGUGUUGGAGGAAAUGGGCUUUUUGCUCAUCUGUCAAGGCAUAUUCAGCCGGUGAUGUUUCGUCGGUCAUUUUGAAGGCAAGUCCCGUUGUUUGUCUUGAUAAAAGUUGCUGCAAGACCUGAAGUUCGCGGGGAAUGUCAUGUUGGAGUCGUGGUGUUUAUAGGCUCUUGCUUCGGGCUCUCCCCGAACACUCCUUGUCGAAAGUGGCAGGUGACAUGGCGCAUGAUGCACGGUUGGAGAUAGGCAACUCUUGGAGGAAGGGCCUGGUCGGACAUGAGGGGUACAAGGUCUCACGGAUAUCGCGAGCAAGAUGGAAUCUUGGUUGAUGCUAUACUCGAGAAGCGAGGACGAUGGCGCGACAUGAAGGGACAAACGUUGCAGCCUGAAGCCUGAGGCCAAAAAGCUGGGAAAAUGGCUGAUCCGACCCGAGCAAUCUCCACCCGUCAGCUCCGCCCAACUCGUCUACACGCGUGCUCUCUCAUUUCCAUGCUCUUCCAUCUUCCCGACGCUUGGAGCUCCCGAGCCCGCAUUCGCUCUUCGCACUUCGCAAUUGCCAUUUUCAGCCCUAUCGAGUUCGUGAGGAACGGCAAGCACCUACGUAUUCGUCGAUCUCUGCAGGCUGAGUCAUGGCGGCUUGGAAAGUGGGGGGUCUCGCCUCAGCUGGCGGAACUUGCGGAGUAGCGCCCUUUACAGUCCGCCGCUAACGCGCCGUUUUCUCCUCAUUUCGAUCGGCAAAUGUCGCUAACAUUCGCUGAAGAUGGGCUAGUCGACUAUAUCCAGAGCACCGGAAUUCGUUUACGACUGGACAACGUUGCUCGAAGUGACCCCGGCACAGCACAGCCCGAGCUUCGGCAGCCUCAGGAGCCAGGGAUUGGCUGCGGUCAAGUUGGCCCCUAAUCUAAACGUGCCCGAUGGCUGAAGAAUGCGACCAGCCCAUUGCUUAGUUCCUCCUGCGGCGCUGAUGCAUCAUCAAUGUAUUCCCCAAUUGGGACGGAUCGCUGGGUCCAGAGCAAGCCUCCUCGUGCGCAGUAGCUUGCGCUCUAGCCAGGAGCCCCUCCGCGGGAUUAUUUCCCAGCUCUCAAUCUAGCUUCCCUUCUCGGCCCAUCCUCGCUUGUGAAUUGGUCUCGCGAUUAUCAUUGGCCCACCGGCCGAUUAGCCGAGUGACAUGCCUCUAUAUCCUAGUAUCUAAGCCUCCAAGUGGCGGCCACAGGGCUGAAGAUUCCUGAAGGCAACCUCCUUAACCUCAGAGGACCCGUUUGUGACGAAGCUAUAAGAACUCUUUUUCUCCCGGGAUCCUUCUUGUAUCCAGUUUUAUAGAUCCAGUGCAAAAUGACAGAUACCGAAUCCCCAUCUACCCCUGCCCCCUCUGCCUGCCUGGCGUGCAAGGCCAAGAAGAGGAAAUGUGACCGUACCGUCCCCGCCUGCUCAAGAUGUCAAAGAGCGUCUCGCCCUCAUCCUUGCAUAUACCCUGACCAAGACGGUGGACACAAUGUCCCGUCAAUGUCGGAAGAUGCUUGGUGGUUAGACCCCAACUCGGAUGUUCAAUCUGUCCCAAUGAUUCAAGAUCCACCCAGGGCAAGGGCAGCUUGUCAGCGAUGCCGACAGGGAAAGCGGCAGUGCAGCAGAGCAUUGCCGCAGUGCUCCCGCUGCAUACUCAUGGGUGCUCAAUGUAUAUACGACCGAGGGUUGCCGCCAGCGCAAACCAUACCGGCAAAGUCUCACACCCUGUCAAAAUCCCAUAGAGACGCAAGCAGAAAACUCUCCCCUGACACCUCCUUAUGCUCGCCAAGUCCCCUGUCCAGCGGGUCGAACGGGAGCACUUACCUCGAUCCUUUCCACACCUAUCCCUCCUCACUCGACCCAGAAUGUAUAAACCGCGUGCUCUCGUUCGCUAUCAAGGAAGUUUGGCCCAAAAUGUUUCCAGGGUACACCUACAAAGGAAUAUCUUUCGUCCACCACUGGAUCAGAAGCGCCAUGACCUGCCCUCCCCUCUUCAACGCGUGGCUUCACUCUGGUGCCGGGCAUAUCCGCUGGCUGCGGCAAGCGAACGAAGAUGCGUCCAGUGUCUCCGACCAAGACUCAUACGAGAUGCUACUGAUGGAACGUGAAGCAAUAGUCGGUUUGAAGGAGUUUGUGGAUGGUGCGAGUGCAGACAAAGUAUCCGACGAGAUUAUUAUGGCGACUUUCGCUCUCGCCCUCCACACAGGGAGAGAAAAGGAACCUACCUCCAAGCAAACGCGCUUGCCACCACUGUCGGACCUGCAAUUAUUAUUACGCUUCACAAAUAUUCCAAUUUCCGAACCACAUGUUCUUGCUCUCCGCAAUCUCGUGGAGGCGAGAGGCGGGUUUGACAAGAUUGAAAUGCCCGGGCUCAAGGAAGGGCUCUCAACAUACAACCUUGUGGUUGCCAGUAAAUUCCUUGCUCGUCCAUUCUGGCCGCUUCACACACGUCUCCAAAUAGACGAAGCGACGGGAUUUCUAGAGCAAACCGAGCAGGAAUCGCAUCUGAACGACCCACUGCAUCCAUAUCUCACCUCACUAAUACCCAGUGUCAUGGUAUGGGAGUUUAGUGCAGUCCGAGGAUACAACACGCUAGUCAAGAACUACUCCCAGGGCUUCAUGACGCAGCUCGAGAUGGGAUACAUUAUUGAACUGCGCAAUCUGAUUCAGUACCGCGUCAUGAGCCUCCCUGCACUUGGUGAGAUCUUGGACCCGUAUCAAGAGCUACCCUUGACAUACGGCGCUCUUCGUCUGGCUCUUAUGGCGUACACCGUGUUGGUGUUAUUUCCCACACCGCUGGGAACAGAUCCGCAUCCCCGCAUCGCAAAACAACUACGAUGCGAGUUAGAGCUGACGGGUGUCAGCUUGGACAUUUGGAUGCCGAUGGUAGAGCUCCUGCUUUGGGUGCUGAUGCUCGGUGGAAUCUCCGCGUCAGAUACGGAGCUCCGAUCGUGGUACGUGGAUCAAAUCCAGUGGUUGGCGCCACUGCUCGGACUCACGUCAUGGGACCAAGUGAAGGAUACAAUGACCUCGAUUGUUUGGAUUGAUAGCCCCUGUGAUGUCGAGGGCCAAGCACUGUGGCAGGAGGUACAAAGCUCAAGUCCGUUCGCCGCUACCGGGCUUGGGAUCGCCUACCCGGAUCUGUGGAUGGAGGAUCUCUCGGAUCAAUCAGCGUAGACAAUAAUUCGCCCUAGACGAUAAACUGUAUGAUUACAACGACAUAUAUGCAUUAGCGAAAGAACAUAAUAAACAACCCAUCUCAUUGAAUGGAUUGUGUUUUGGUCUCAACGACCCCGAACUGGCAUGUCCUCGAGUCCAACUCUCUCAAAUCCAUUUGCAUACCUGAUACUGAUCCCUUCUCCUCACCCUGUUCCCCGUCGUUGUGGCACCGGCG